CGCCUCCCUCACUAGCCUCGCGUCUCCGCCCCCGUCUCUCAGGAACGUCCUACUGGGAAAGAUGCCAGUGCUUCUGAUCUCCGUUCCGCUGACCCACCCAAAUGCCUAGGGCUGGGGCAUGAACCACUGUGGCCCCUGUGGGCUCAUAUCGCCUGGCUACCGCCCAGAGCUGAUAAGGGGAUCCAGUGACCAGGACCCUCCACCUUUGUCCUUUAACCACCUCUUCCUACCGUAGCCUUCCGACGGGGUGGAGAGGGCAGAGGCUGCUUUCUGAUUUUGUUUGGGGUUAGCGUGUGACGGUCAGCACACAGGAGGUCAUUCUGGGCUCUCAUGUUUUCAGCCUUGUCUCCUAAUACAUUAACUCAAAAAGGGACGGAAUCCAUCACCUGCCCUCUGACCGUCACCCCUGUCUCUAUUUUCAACUCAUCCUUUCUUCUGUUUCCCAAAACCUCUGCCAAGUUGUAGUGAAGGGGGUAGGGUUGGGAGGUGAAAUCCGCCCAUAAUGGGACAGAGUUAUUGAGGGCUGAGGUUGAUAUGUCAGAAUUUCCAGAGAAAGACUAGCACUCCUGCUUCCUGCAGCACCCAGAGCUAGGGGCUGCUGCCCCAGGCCCCAAAAGAAUGAGCCUCCAGUGGGCCUAAAGGGAACCCCUUGGCCUCCACUAAGUCCUGCCUGCCUGCCUCCCACCCUCACUGUGCCCUACAUGUACUUGCCCUCCCCCCCCAUUUCUCCAACUUGUUUACUCCAACAUGGCCCCUGUCCAAACACCCCUCCACAGUCCUUGUGGCCUGACGGGGUGGGGAAGCAGGCAGGUAUAUGGCCCUUGCCUCUCCAGCCAGGCCAGGCACAGACUACAGGGACAGAGGCACUGACCAGGCCACCACCCCACUGUUACCACCAUGAAGCUGCUUGUAGUGACGGUGCUGCUCCUCACCAUCUGUAGACUCGAAGGUGGGAGCCUUGGUCCGGAGACAGAGGAGAUAGAUCUGCAGAGCCUGAUCUCUCAGUUCUGGGAGACUGUGACUGAUUAUGGCAGCGACCUGGUGAAGGUCAAGGGCCCCGAGGUCUAGGCCCAGGCCAAGGGGUACUUGGAGGAGACAAAGAAGCUGGUGAAGAAGGCUAGAAGUGAUCUGAUGAGCUUCUUCGAUUACUCUGUGGUAUUCCAAUCACCGCCAGACGCCCAUCCAUUGCCAGCUGGCCCCUAGAACACCCUCUGGCCAGGCCUCCAACCCUUCUCCCUCCCCACUCCUUCAUUCUACAAUAAAUAGUAAAGGAGUCCAUGGUGAGCUUUUCUGAGGAUGGGAGGAGAAAGAAGUCCAGCAGGAGGAGGCUUUGGGUG